AUGGUAAGGAUCAAGAUGAGAGCCACCGGCGGACCAUUCUGGUGGAAGAAAUUAGGGCUUCCGAGACCCAUCCCUUCCGACAGUGAUGACGACGCACAGGACGCGCCACCACCAACCACCACCAACGCCGAGACACCACCGGCCACAAGCACAGGAACAGGACGCACCGAUUCACCGGCCGUCCAGAUAUAUCGCCGGCAAAAGAAACGGCAAAGACCGCCGCCCCCACCAUCCACAAUAGCCCCGACGGCAGACCCUGAGGGCAAAAAGCUACCCGAAGCCACCACUCCCACCGGCCACAGCCAGAAACGGCCAAGAACUCAGUCGCCACCAAGGUCCAAGCCAGAACCGGAACCUACCAUCGCCAAAGACACUGAUGCGCCCACGGAUCUGCCAAGUGAUGUGCCCACCGAUUCCACCACUGAUGUGCCCACAGACUUGCCCAGCGCUAUGGCCAGCGAUGUGCUUAGCGAUUUGCCCUCCGCUCCCACCAUUGAUGUACCUACUGAUGCGCCCACUGAUGCGCCAACCGAUUCCACCAGCGCUAUGCCCAGCGAUGCGCCCAGGGACUUACCAAGUGAUGUGCCUAGCGAUGUGCCCACAGACACACUCAGUGAUAUGCCCAGCAAUUUGCCCAGCGAUUUGCCCAGGCCAACACACCCAGAUCACAUCGUCAAAGCACUGACAUUCAACAAAAUUUCUGAACGCACCAGGCUGCUUAAAAUUUCAUCCCUACCAUAUCAUCCAGGAGUUCGGCAUAACCAUGGGCUGUGA